AUGGCGGCGGGAGACUCGGAGCAGGUGCGCUACUGUGCGCGCUUCUCCUAUCUCUGCCUCAAGUUCAGCCUCAUCGUCUACUCCACUGUGUUUUGGUUGCUGGGAGCAUUUGUCCUAGCUGUUGGCAUUUAUGCAGAAGUUGAAAGACAGAAGUAUAAAACCCUUGAAAGUGCCUUUUUAGCCCCUGCAAUUAUUCUAAUACUCCUGGGUAUUGUAAUGUUCCUUGUUUCCUUCAUGGGUGUGUUGGCUUCCUUAAGGGACAAUUUAUGCCUUCUUCAAGCUUUCAUGUACAUCUUGGGAAUUUGUCUGCUCAUUGAACUAACUGGCGGAGUUAUGGCCUUAAUUUUCAGAAAUCAGACAAUAGUUUUUUUAAAUGACAACAUCCGAAGCGGAAUUGAGAAUUACUAUGAUGACUUGGACUUCAAGAACAUAAUGGAUUUUGUUCAAGAGGAGUUUAAGUGUUGUGGUGGAGAAGAUUUUAAAGACUGGUCAGAAAACCAAUACCAUGCCUGUUCUGCUCCUGGACCACUAGCUUGUGGAGUUCCUUACUCUUGUUGCAUCACAAACAAGACAGCGGUUGUCAACACCAUGUGCGGAUAUAAAACUAUUAAUGAAGAGCGCCUGAGUGUUCAACAUAUUAUACAUGUGAGAGGAUGCACAAACGCUGUACUCAUUUGGUUUUUGGACAACUAUGCCAUCAUGGCUGGCAUUCUGCUUGGUAUAUUGUUGCCACAGUUCCUUGGGGUGUUGUUGUCUUUGCUUUACAUCACCCGAGUAGAAGAUAUCAUUGCCGAACACAAGCUCGGUGAAACACUACUUGAUAGAGGGAGACAGAAGGCUGACAUUGAAUUUACUGGAGCCGGGUGCUGCAUGUGUUACCCUGAGUAACCUCCUGAGCAAGACCAAUGACUAACAUCCCUUUGCAUUGUGCCUUGAAUGUAGUCACGUGGUUAGACUUACUGUGAUUUGUGAACAAUUGUACUUAGGAGACAAGCCUGCACAUGCUUUCCAGAUCUGUGGACAUGACUUACUGAAAGGAUUUCAGGUCUGAGCAUUCUUUAUUACAGUGUCACUGGGUCUUAUCUUGAAAUGUGUUGUCUUUUGGGACAUCUAAAAGUUGAGCCAGUUUCCUGCUUUACAGUAAACACUGUAGCUAAUCCCAAGAGGAAAAAGUAUGAUUUUACCUAAAUACAAUAAUUAUUGUAGACAAACUGACACUGUACAAGGGCUUUCUAGCAUAUGUCUAUGUAAGGACGCCACUAACAAGAUAAAAACAUAUUUAUUUCAAACUAUUUUCUAGUCAUUUUUAGAAUAUGGUAAGUUACCAAUGCAGGAGGUGCAUACACAAGACCUCUCUAUUACAUUAACAUGAUCUUGUAGUGAUUUUCCCACCUCAAAAUGAUGAUUUGCUUGCAAUAGACUCAUUUCCUAAUUCUAACCUGCUACUGGUUUAUACUAGUUGGCUGAAUUCUCCCUUUUAAAAACCUUUAGUUACAUGCAGAUCCUACUUAUUUAUUUAUUUUUACUUGUUUUCAAGCUUUUGGCCCCACCUUUAGGCAGAUUUCAUCAUAGCAACUAUAGGACACUGUAAGGGUCAUUUGCGGGAAUGUACAAAUGUAUAUUCUUAUAUGGAAGCCUGUGGAUACUUACCUUGUGUUGAUACUUACCUUUCUAAAUACCCCCCCCCCCAAAUUGU